CUCACUCUCCUCUUCACAGUUGCUCUCAAUUCUUCUGCUUCAUGGAUUUUCGAAGCUUUUGCGGAAGGAGGAUUUGUUCACGGGCGUGAGAGCGAGAGAGUGAGAGAGAGAGAGCAGUGAAGAGGAAUUAAGGUUUUGAUUGGCGCACUUUGCAUGUGUCUGGAGGUGAUCUGCAAGGAACGAAACGAGGUCCGGAAACACUUGUUGUGGUAAUGUAGUGAUGCUUGUGUGUUGAUCUCGGUUUGCGGAAGUCAUGGCGGAUAUUGUAUCGCCGAGUCUAGAUAGCAGUAGACGGCAGAAGUCAGCAACAUUGGAGGAGUUUCCGUUGCCUGACUCGCACAGGAAGAGGACACAAGAAGCACAGAGGUCAAGAGCCUGUAGCGAUGUUGGCUUCGGGGAGUAUCGGGUUGCGAUGGUGCAGCAGCCGCUGCAGGGAUUCGAUUAUGUCAGUCCGCUGCGGAGUUUACACAUGCCUGCUCGUCCAUGUACUUACAAGAGUGAUGCCAUGGUGCCUGUUACAACGCCUAAGGCUAAUCCAGGUCAUCAUCAUCAAACAGCUUCCUCAGACCUCGUGUCGCAUAUACGUCAAAGGUACGGGCAGAAAAGAGAAAUAGAACGUGGCCAGACCUCAUGGUUGAUCCCGGCUCUCGCGUUGAUUCACUUGAUAGCCUUCAUCUUGGUAAUGUCACAUAACAAUUGUGAUAGGAAGGGCAGCAAUGGUGGUGAGAAUGUUUGUAUCUUUAACUUUGUGAGGAGGUUUCCAUUUCAACCUUUGUCGGAAAACCCUCUGUUAGGGCCAUCGGCGAUCUCGCUGUUGGAUUUCGGCGCUCUUGAAUCAGAGCUGGUAGGAAGGGCGGGUGAAGGGUGGCGUAUGCUCACGACCUUGUCAUUGCAUGCUGGGAUAUUUCACCUGGUAGGAAAUCUUGCUGGUUUAUUUUAUGUUGGCUUGCAACUGGAGAGAGAAUUCGGCUUUCUGAAGGUUAUGCUGAUCUAUUAUCUGGCGGGUUUUGCUGGGGCUUUAGCCUCAGUACUAUUUAUGCAUGGCCGGGUGUCCGUGGGAGCUUCAGGAGCAACGAUGGGCUUGAUUGGUGCUAGGCUUGCAGAAGUGGUGAUGAACUGGAAUGUCUCCAAGCAUCGCACUCGUUCAAUCGUCUCCACUUCCUUCUUUCUUGUCGGUACUCUUGUGUAUGGUCUGUUGCCCCUCAUGGACAACUUCAUGCAUCUCGGAGGAUUUCUCACCGGUUCGCUACUUGGUAAUGUGUUGCUAAUUCGACCACAAGCAGAGUGGGUCAACUAUGAGCAGUGCUUUCCUGCUGUUGUAUAUGACGUGGACGACUUGCCAGCGAGGUCGAAGCACUCUAGGGGCCAAAAGGUUCUAUGGAUUGUUUCCCUCAACAUUCUUGUUGCAGGCUACAUUGCAGCUGCUUUUGCACUCUAUACAGCCUUCUUCCCGCAGGGAUGGAUGCCAGAAGAAGGUGCAGCUGGUGCCAUUAUAUGGCAUGUAUUCCAACAGAUUUAUGGAAAUGCCAUGGCAAUCGCAAUAUUGUAUGUGAUAAUCCUGCUCUAUCUAGCCACACACGAAUUGAUUGCCUAGGGAAGCACUUCAAACUAAAAGUUCAUGUUGGAAAUGGGACUAGUGAUAUGCGAGAAAACUUCACAAGCUGCAUCAGAAGCUGCAUGUGAAUCACAGUGACUUUUAUAUUUGUUGACGAUAAAGUGCUUCCAUCCGGCUGAAGACUUCCUCCCGAACUGUCAUGCAAGUACAGCCUCCCUAAUGCGCCAUCACAUCUGCCAGAUUGUUGACCAAUCAAAAGGAUGAAGGGUUAAGAAUCAACAAUUCAACACACAUGUUGAACUGCAAUGCUCCUUUGUCAGGGUUGUACUUUGUGCAAGGAGAUAUUGGAUGGUUACUGGGCAUGAAUUCUUGGCUGAUGUCCUUUGUGGUUACGAGCUGAGAAGAAACUCUCCUUCAGGUUCAAGGCUUGGUUCUUCAAAGUGGCGUGAGUCAUAUGCAUCAUUCGCUCAUGUAAAAAUAUUGCACUAGUUCGUAGUUUAACAGGUAACCACAUCACUCGUCAAUCUGUUACCAGCUCUCAACGGCAACCUGCAUGAUGCCGUUCACUCCCAGUUGUAACUUCAUAUGUUCGUGUACGUAAUGUAAGGUCUAUUUGCAUAAAAUCCAGUGUGCAAAGGUAACUCACAGAAGUUUCAGAUGCAACAUUUUCCGAGGUGAAAGGCGAACUUCUUAUGGACAUGAAGACUCGGAACUGUAGAAGGCCCAUACUCUUGGUAUGGAAAUAUUGGUUAUUGCUUCCUGCGUAAGUGCAUACAGCUCCGGGUCUCUUCGUGCUUAAGCAACUUGUUUCAUGCCCUUUCCCGAAUCACAAUGUCCUGUCACACCUGCACAGGACAUGGAUCUAAUGAGCCAUCGUCCCAUGCCGACAGUUUACUCUAUCUCGAUAAGCAACAAGAGGGAUCAGUUUCAGGUAGAAGAAGAAGCUCGGCAACAGUUUGUACAAAUUGUGGAAUUAAUGGAAGGAUUGCAUGGCACCUCACCAUCACCAGGACUUAUACUUACAAUGGUGCUCUCUCUCUCUCUCUCUCUCUCUCUUUCUUUCUUCCGCUAUUUCAUUGAUCAUUGCCUUGUUAUUAGUUAUAAGUUCAAGUGUUAUGGGUUCAAAAUGAAACAAAAACGGAACUGUAGACUGCACGUCGUUUACAUAGACAUUAUUGUUGUGGGUGUGUUAA